AUGGAUAUCUUAAACCAAUAUUCUGAAUACAGAAACGCUGUUAGAAUAUGGAAAACUGUUCCCCCAAUAUUUAUUGCGCUUGGAACUAUGGGAAAUCUGUUGACCAUUGUUGUUUUAAUGAGAAGCAAAAGCCGGGUGUCGUCAACCGCAAUUUAUCUGUCAGCACUAGCUGUUUCAGAUUUACUCGUGCUUUGGACAGGACUAUUAAGACAGUGGAUCAACUAUAUGUUUGACAUUGAUGUACGCCAUCUCUCAGUGGCAGGCUGCAAGAUUCACAUAUUUACAGUCUAUUUUGCUACACAGUGUUCAUCGUGGCUUCUCGUCGCUGUGACGUCAGAGAGAUUUGUUGGUGUGUGGCUGCCGCAUAAAGUAAAACGAGGAUGCACGCCGAGAAUUGCCAUAGUGACGAUUUCUGUCAUCGUUGGCUGUCUCAUGCUUCUUAAUGUACACUGGCUUUAUGGCAUGGGUGUCAAAGUCAUUGUCUACAACAACGUAACCUACGAGUUUAAAUGUAAUUCCAUUUACGAUCACUAUUACGAUUUUCUUGGGUUCAAAUGGCCGUGGAUAGACCUUUGCUUUUUCAGCUUGGGACCGUUUACAGUCUUACUCAUUGGAAACAUUUCUAUAAUUGUUCGUGUGCUAAUAAGCAAACAUAAAACACGAACACAAAUUGCGCCACUAAAUGGAGGAGUAGGAGCAAAGAAGUCAGACAAGACUUCUCAACUAACAGCUAUGUUGGUAGUCUUGAAUGUCGUCUUCUUCGUCUGCACUAUACCAAUUUCUAUUUAUCUGAUCGGGGAGCCCCAUUGGUUGAAGACACUUGAGACUUAUCACGACCUAGCCGUUCUAAGACUGUGGUGGGCUAUAGUAAAUACGUUUAUGUAUUUGAAUAACACUAUAAAUUUCAUACUAUAUUUCCUGAGUGGAUCUCGAUUCAGGCAAGAAGUCAAGUCACUGUUUUGUGGCGGCCGAGCUCGUACAAUAUUUGGUUUAGGUACAACGACACGUGUCGGACCUGGUUCCACUGCAAUGACGUCAAGGAAUGCACCAAAAACUGAACAAACUGACUGUGAACCGUCCACUAACAUAUCUGUUUUGCCAAAUUCACAACCUUCUACCGGAAAUGAAAGACGGCAUCAAGUAGCAUGGGAAAGUAACGCGUAA